UUAUGAGCGGAAGUAUGCGUGUUGUUACAGAGCUGUGAUGAUGAAGUCUUGUGAAGGGAGAGCUGUCAUAACUGCAGCAUAUGGACUCUAAACUCUUUAAAAACAGAAAUGGGCUGUUCAGACACCGGCAGCGAUCACAACCUCCCGUGAGUGUUCACUUCAGCCCAUGAUAAAGAAUAAAGUCGUGUUUAAAGGAGAAACUCAGCUCCCGGAGCGUCUGAUCUGGGGAUGGAGGCGCACAGUUCAGGGCUCAGCAGGAAGAGGAAGAGAGAGGAGUUGAAUGGAGAGAUGAAGGAUGGAGAGUGUGUCCGAAAAAUUCCACGAAGGACUUUGGGCCCGAGGGAUCCCGCGCCAUUCGCUGAUGAGGUGGAGGCUGCAAAAACACCAUAUGUUCGCGUUAGCAUGGAAGAGGCUCAGCGUGGAACUCCAGAUGAUCGUCCUGUGCGUGUGUAUGCUGAUGGGAUUUUUGACAUGUUCCAUUCAGGACACGCUCGUGCUUUGAUGCAGGCCAAGUGCCUUUUCCCCAACACACAUCUCAUCGUAGGUGUGUGCAGCGAUGAUUUGACACAUACCUUUAAGGGCUUCACUGUUAUGAAUGAGGACGAACGUUACGAUGCAGUGAGUCACUGUCGUUAUGUUGAUGAGGUGGUCCGGAACGCUCCGUGGACACUGACAUCUGAAUUUCUGGCCGAGCACAGAAUAGACUUUGUCGCCCAUGACGACAUCCCAUACAUCUCUGCAGGAAGUGAUGAUGUUUACAAACAUAUAAAAGAUGCAGGCAUGUUUGCACCAACCGAGAGAACAGAGGGCAUCUCCACGUCCGACAUAAUCACACGCAUCGUGCGCGACUAUGACGUUUAUGUGCGACGAAACCUGCAGAGAGGCUACACUGCCAAAGAGCUCAAUGUCAGCUUCAUCAAUGAGAAGAAGUACCACCUGCAGGAGCAUGUGGAUAAGGUGAAGCAGAAGGUGCGGGACGUGGAGGAGAAGAGUAAAGAGUUUGUGCAGAAAGUGGAGGAGAAGGGCAUCGACCUCAUUCAGAAAUGGGAGGAGAAGUCACGCGAGUUCAUUGGGAACUUCCUGCAGAUGUUUGGCCCAGACGGGGCACUGAAGCACAUGUUGAAGGAGGGGAAAGGACGGAUGUUACAAGCCAUCAGUCCCAGACAAAGCCCCAACAGCAGUCCCGUACGCGAGGAGCGCUCUCCUUCCCCCACCUUCCGUCUUCCCUUCUUUGCCAAAACCUCUUCACCAUUCCAUUCACUUCCUGCUCACCACAGCAGCACACAUUUCAGCAAGGAUGAGGAGGACUAGGACACAUCCAUCUCACAAGCAACUAUUUUUCACAUCAAUCAUGUUUCUUCAGCUCAGUUGACUGAACGGUUUGGAUUGUUUAAAGCCAUUAUGAAUAGUCUAUAUAGAAUAUAAAUGGAGGUUCAUGGCUGUUUUCAGCUUAAGAUUUAUCCAUAUAAGCAAAAUCUAUUUAAUGGUCCUUCAUGCCAAGCACAGUAAUGACCAAAUUAAUCUGUACAAGACUUUCUAAAGAUUUCGAUCCCACAUCUCUGCUCUAGCACACACCUCCCUCUCCCUUCAGAGAGAUUUGCCACACACCACUAAACCAAAAGGCAACAUAUUGUUGGGCUUUUUGUUGGGUAAAUUUUGUGUUAGGCUUGGACCUUGCAUAAUGAUGCAUUUUUAGGGCUUAAAGCUUGUUUGAUUUGCAUGCAAACUGCUUGGAUUGAUAUGAAGCGCAUUACGCUGUUUCAGCAUCUGCUAGUAGUGCAUAAUCCCUAUUCUCAGUUACGCUUAAAACUAACUAUCACCUGCAUUCACUGUCUAGAUCUUUUCAUACUUGAACAGAGGCCAAAUUGGUGACUAAUUCCAGGAUGGGGGAGGGAUCCCAGGACCUAUUUUCUUUCCCCCAUUCCAUUUGCUCUCUUUAUAAUUGUGGAGCGUUUCUUCUCCUUCUCUCACAGUAAAUAGUCACAGUUAAUUAAAUUAGCUAUUUUGUAGAGUCUGGUUUUAUUUUUCAGUCAUGUUUUGUCUACUAUUUCACCCCAACUUUCCAUGUCUUUCUGAUCUCUUAUGUUUAUGCUGAACUUUGUUAGCCGUUUUUCUCAUAAGGACAAUAACUCCUCAGACUCCAAUGUGAAGUAAUAAUUUUGUGGCCUGGCAAUGACAGUGUUUGCCUCUUUUUGCUAGAACUGGCAUCUAUACCCUGUGCUAUUCUGUGGCACAGAUCCCAGUCUUUUUGGAAAGGUUUUGCCUGCUGAAUGUUUACAUUACUUGAGCACAGCAGGGGACAGUAUUAACACAAAAGGGUACCUGUAUUUGUUUACAUGUUUACAUAGGACAGAAAGACUACAAUAGGAUUAUAUGUGUGCCAGCUUUUGUGGUGUCUGAAAAAAAGACUUUAAGAAACAUUUUAAGGGUCUUAAGGUUUAUCUUGUUUUAGGUUAUUACUGUGAAUCAAAGGAAUGUUAUGCCAGUAACGCCAAUGACAUCUAUCACAACAAGCAUUCACUGAACCCUUUAUGGCCAAUGAGAGUAAAAUAACUUAUGUAAAAUAUAUACUAUGUCUCUUG